AUGUCCAACGUCACAUUUGACAACAUCUUUAUGGGCGAGUCGUCCGAUUUGGGCAAGCUCCGCUUCAACUCGGCCGGCUUCGGGUGGAAGUCGCUCAAGAACGAGUCGAACACGCCAACCACCUUCAACGGCUCCGACGUGCGCGGCGCACAGUGGCUUCGUGUUGCACGCCAGUUCCAACUCCGUCUCAGCAUGCGUACGCCGGAUAGGUCGCGAGUCACAUUCGACGGCUUCCGACGCGAUGACUUUGAAAAGGUCAAGCGCACGCUGAACGAGUACUUUGGCGUCACGGUCGACCACAGAGAUGUCGCUUUGAAGGGCUGGAACUGGGGCAAGGCUACCGUGCAGAACCAGGACAUCGUCUUCGAGGUUCAGCACAAGCCUGCAUUCGAGCUGCCCCUCGGCCAGGUCGCCAACUCGAACAUCGCCGGCAAGAACGAGGUCGCCAUUGAGUUUGCGCCCACCGCUGCUUCAGACGGCGCCAGCAACAACGCUCGCCUGCCGGACGAGCUCGUUGAAGUGCGCUUCUACGUCCCAGGAAAGAGCAAGAAGGCCAAGGGGAGCGACGCCGGCAGUGACGGGGAGGAGACGGAGAAGGACGAGGAAGGCAAUGACAUUUCCGCAGCCGAGGCCUUCCACACCCUCAUCAAGGACAAGGCUGACCUGGGUGCGGCCACUGGUGAUUCCAUCGUCGUUUUCGAGGACGUCCUGGUUCUUACUCCUCGUGGUCGCUUCUCGAUCGAGUUCUUUCCCGAGAGCCUCCGUCUGCUCGGAAAGAGUACCGACUACCGCGUGCCCUUCACCUCCAUCAAUCGCAUAUUCCUCCUUCCCAAGCUCGACGACAUGCACGUCCAGCUCGUUCUGGGUCUUGACCCCGCGAUCCGCCAGGGUGCGACCCGCUACCCCUUCCUGGUGGCCCAGUGGCCCAAGGACGAGGAGGUUGACGCCGAGCUCAACCUCGACGACGACGAGAUUGCAAAGUAUCCCGAUCUUCAGAAGAACUACCACGCGCCCACUUUCCAAGUCAUCUCGCGUGUCCUCAAGUCGUUGACAGGCAAGAAGGUGACGCCUCCAGGCUCGUUCAGGAAUGCGCAGGGUGUCAAUGGUAUCAAGGCCAACGUCAAGGCUGUGCAGGGAGAGCUGUACUUCCUUGAGCGGGGCCUCAUCUUUAUCGCCAAGCAGCCCAUCCUCAUCGACUUUAGCAAGACGGAGAGCAUUGCGUUCUCGCGUGUCGGCGGUGGCAUCGCCUCUGCGCGUACAUUCGACAUGCGCGUCUUAGCGAGCGACGGUCCUGACCACGUGUUUUCGGCCAUCUCCAAGGAGGAGGCCGGUCCCAUCUCGCAGUUCCUGUCCAGCAAGAACGUGCGCCUCAAGAACGAGAUGGACGAGCUCGAGGCCACGGACAAAAUGGACAUGGACGACCUCUCGGAUGACGACGAUGACGUCAGCAUCAUGUCCGAGGACGAGGGCCGGAAGAAGAAGAAGAAGAAGCCGCAGCAGCAGCAGGCGCCUGUCCGCCGUCCUGUUGACGAGGAGGACGAGUCAGAAGACGAGGACUUUAUGGACGAGGAUUCGUCGGAUGGCGGCUCGGUGAGCGACAGCGACUCGGAAGCGAGUGGAAUGGAGUCGGAUGCGUCCGACCCCUUGAUGGACGAGCUGCGCAAGCGAUCCGAGGCGCGGGCGAAGAAGAAGGCGGCGGGCGAGGCCGAUGGCGCGCCGAAGAAGAAGAAGGCCAAGAGGGACGACUAG